AUGAGCAAUCUUACGGGCAAAGGACGAAGAGGAGGAUCCUCUAACCUCCCCAACUCGACUUAUCGAAGGUUGGAUCUGGAGGAAGAGGUUAUUCCGCUCCCAGGAUGUGACCUAACAUCCGCUGCGGAAAAAUUCAAGAAUACCCUGAUUGGGAGAAUUUUCUACACGGAAGGCAGAAGCAUGGAUGCCAUCAUUGGACAGCUCCCAAAGUCAAGGAUUUGGGAUGUCGAGGGGCGCGUUCAGGGACAGAAUCUCGGAAACGGACAAUUCCAAUUUGACUUUGACAAUGAGGAAGACCUUCAAAAGGUUCUGCAUAAAAGACCCUGGCACUUUAACCGAUGGAGCUUUUCACUUGAAAGAUGGGAAGCUUUUACUAGUGCUACCUUCCCCAAGAUGAUGCUGUUUUGGGUUAAAGUCACUGGUGUACCAAUCCAUUUCUGGAACGAUGAGAAUCUAUCUGCCAUUGAAAGCGCUCUAGGAGAUGUGAGACAAAUAGAAGCACACAAAGCAAAAUUCCAGGUCUAUGUCAAUGCAGACGCUCCAUUGAAGUUCGAAAAAAAGGUUAGCUUCCCUAACGGUGACGUCGGUACGGUUACUCUCGAAUAUGAGGGACUAUAUCGUUACUGCUUCACCUAUAAGCUACUUUCACAUGAAGAGGGCACAUGCCCGAACCUCUCUGAGGAGCAAAGACAGCGAAACAAAGCACUAAGAGCGGAACAAAAUGGCAUUCCAGACAGAAACGGUCAAAACAAAGGGAGGGAGAGCUAUAAACCACGGGUGGAAGAGUAUACUGAUUCACGCUCCCAGCGUACCAAUGAUGAUCUUUCCUAUCGCCCCCGAAACGUUUACCAGGAAGCCAGAUCAGGACCGCCAAUACCUCAAGACUACUAUCACAGAGGAGAAAGGAGGGUGAUUAGAAAUAGUGAUCUUAGGCACGAGCUAAAGGAGAAACGUGAGACAAGAGGUAAAGAGGUAUGGAAUAGAAUUGAGAAACCAGUUUAUAACAGGGAUCACACCAGAGGCGACCGCUAUCACCCUUACCAGCGGCCCCGUGGAGGCUUCGAAAGAUCCAAUACCCAAGCCCGAGAUUCCCACAAAGUGUGGCGACCAAAACAUCCACCAAGACAUGGUGAGAAUUUUAAAACCGAUACGCCACACUCGCAUGCCUCUGUCCAAAACAGAGAUCGUAUGGGGGCUGUCUCUGACUCACAACGUACAACGUCAGAGGAACGAACUCCCGUCCGAGACAACAACAGAAGAGGCUCAGGACACCUGAUUGUAUACCCAAAGGAGCCACUCGAGGAUAGCUUACGUAAGCUUAAAGGCAAAGCACAUGUAACCGAAACAUCAAGAAUGGCAGAGAAAAGGGAAAGAGACAUACAACUGGGGCGUAAGAUUGGAUCCCUGACCAUUGCGGAACCUCUAUCACCCCCAGGACGUGUAAUCCCUACAACUAACCCCACAACUCUGGUCACUACAAAGAGCAUACAGCCUGACGAACCCAUUAGCCAAAUGGACCAGGAAGUGCCUAUGGAGGAGGAGGAUGAGGGUUAUACAGAGGCGGAGCUCAUGCAAAUGGAAGCCGAAUUCGAGGCCCACGGAAUGGAUGAACAAACGAUGGAAAACGAUGAUCUCUUGGGUGAGGAACUAGAGGCAGACGCGGAGCAGACUGAGGCUAUAUCUCAGCUCUCUCCUGUGAAAUCUACCUCAGGUAUUGUCAAACAAAAGGUCGUUGAAACCUCGGCUGACACCAGGAGAGGACCGGCUACAAGAGAUCAACAAAUUCCGGUUGGACAGGACACAAUCAGUGCCCGCAGGAAGGCAUCGACAAACCCGCUAAUCAAGGCCAAUGCUGCAUCAAAGAAACUACAGGGCCUACGCAUCAAGGCGUCGCCCAAAAAGAAGUCCGGAACGAGUAAACAAGCCAGACCGACGACUUCGAAAGCACAAGUCCCUCGCAAUGAGGUGUAUCCCUCUGCUUUGAGCAGGAAACCUUCUACUACUCUGCUUGGUUCGGUGGUGUCCCAGAAACCACCCAGUAAGAAGAUAUGA